AUGCUCUCGAUACUUAUCCCCUUUACGUUUCUCUUGGCCACGGCCACCACAGGUGUUGCCCACGGAUUUGUCCGUCAGAUGAUCGUCAACGGCGUUGCCUACGGCGGCUAUCUCCCCAACAAAUACCCUUCAAUGUCCAAGCCUCCGACCCUCGCUGCCUGGUCAGAGAAACAGACAAAUCUCGGCUUCGUCUCACCAAAUGAAUACACCACACCGCACAUCAUAUGCCACCGCGACGCCGCAAAUGCUGGUGGCUAUGUCACCGUUAAGGCCGGCGACUCCGUCUGGCUGCAGUGGAACGGCUGGCCGACCGGCCACGUAGGCCCCAUACUAGAUUACCUAGCCCCUUGUGGCAGCAAAGGCUGCGAGGCGGUGGACAAGAGCAGCUUGAAGUUCUUCAAGAUCGCGGAUGCUGGCCUCCGCAACGGGACGAACAAGUUCUACACCGACGUCCUGGCGCAGAACAAGGGCUGGCUCGUUCGGAUCCCAGAGAAGCUCAAGCCGGGUGACUACGUCCUCCGCCAUGAGAUCAUUGCCCUGCACGGGUCGGGGAAAAUGAAUGGCGCGCAGAACUACCCGCAGUGCUUCAACAUCAAGGUCGAAGGGUCCGGGACAGAGCUUCCCGAUGGGAUGUUUGCCACGCAGUUCUACAAGCCCGAUGACAUGGGUAUUCUUGUCAGUGUAUAUGGCAACUUCCACAGUUAUAAGAUCCCAGGACCUGGCAUCAUCGACAUCGGAGGUCUUGUUGAGCAGACGAUAUCCACGGCGACCACCACGGCAAACGCGACCAUCUCUGCGAGCUCAACUGCCACUGGUUCGAUCGUGAGCACCAGCAGUGGAAGCGCUGCAAAGACUGCUGGUCAGGCGAGUAUCACUACGGGAUCACGGUCUGGUUUCGAGACCAGGGUCAAAUCCAGUGAUGUGCCAAAGACCUCUGCUGUUUAG